AUGGUGCUGGUCAACUGCUAUAAUGGGCUAUACUGCGGUGAGACUUCGCCCGAAAGGGCUUCAGGUAUAUGGAAGAGUAGGAAUUUCACUUGUUGAAGUGUAAAAUGGGGAAGAAAAAUCUGUCAUUUCCGUCGGUAAAAAGGCCCAAAAGGGAUAACAGACCAUUUUAAGGCUGUGGAGAAGUCGACAAAGCAUGUUGGUUUUGCGAUUUAUUCAUAUUAUAAAGACAGUAUCAUGAUAUUUACAGCAAAGUUGUUAGCUUUAUGUGAAAGGGGUACCAUUUCUCAAUAGACGGUAUACGAAAUGGGGUACCUCUUCAGUCAACAAUGAAUUAUAAAAGGGUAAUUGGGGUUGGUCCUCGGGGCGGAGCCUCCCCUUUUAAAACUUCCCUGAGUACAACCUCCGAACUCACCGCCUUCCGUUCAGCAAUCCGGCACUCUUCUAACUGAGGUAACGGAGCAGCCGUUCAACCGUGUGCAAUUUGAAUUGCACUAUCUUUGUCGAUGUUAUCAGGGUGGGCAAUUAUCUCAUUUGGUCACACUCAAACAGUAGACAUAAUUGAAGAACCCUUGUUUUGCUUGGACGCACUGUUAAAUCAGCUAUGUGGGACUCCCAGGGACUUUAUUUUUUUUUUUAGGAUGAAACUCAGUAUCAUAGGUUUGAUCGCAGUUGACUGCACAAAAUCUGCUUGUGCUUAAAACAGCUCCUUCUUUUGUUCUCAGUGAAAGCAACUUAAUUAAGACUAUCAUCUUCCAAUUGAUAAAUUGAGAUCGAGUAAUAACUCAACUUUAAAAGAAAUUAAAUUAGCAGUGGAAUUCCAUAACCCCCAAAUUUUCUGAUUUCCUCUUUUUAAGAAAUCUUAUCUUCGCUUUUGUGACCAGAUUUAUACUAAAUUCUAUAUUUUUCAUCAUCAAGCUAUGCUUGCUUUGUGGGGUAAACGGACCUCAGGUACUGGAUUAAAAGUAGCACUUUUCAUCACUAUUGGUGUCCUAAACACUCCAAUGCACAUGUCAUUGUUUUCGAUUCGCCCUCGUCAUGGAUGAUCGCAUCGAAUAGUAAACCCCAAAAUUGAAAUUUUCGCGAUAGACGGGGAAACAAGGACUUGUGUUAUGGAUAUUUACACAGCUUUGAAAAGGGAAGAGUAUUACCUGGUUUAAAGCAAACUUGUAGCUUCUUAAUAUUACAUCAGUGCCACAUUUCUCAAAGUUUUCAAGCUAACAGGCCACACGGUAUUGCUUGUUUCAAUGACAUAAUAAAAAUAAAACACCUGCAAAAACGACGGACCGUGAAGGUUUUGGCCGGUACCUACCUGUUUGGUGAUCUCCAGAAGUCGCACCCGUUUUAUUGGUAGCGCUAAUAUUUAUCUAUUAUAUUACAUCUAUUGUUUUCCGAAUUUGCAGGCAGAAAUUUUUUUUCCCGACAACUGCUUGUUAAUUAAAUCCUUCAGCUUGUAUUUUCUACUUUAGACGCGUCUGUCGACGGGUUUUGUCUCAAGAUUCGGGUUUCCUGUUUUUCUGUUUUGGUUCACGGACAAAUAUUGUCGAUGAACGCCUUAAUUGUCUGGAAUCAAACAUGCACUCGCAUCCAAAUAUGGAAAACGUUAAAAAACGAAGCGCUGAUUGGUUAAAAUCACGACGCUUUCCGACCCUAUGCAACCUAUGAAGUCAUUGGUGAAGAAGGCAGCCUUCCAGGCUUCUGUCCGCGUAUCCUGCGGGUGGUCCUCGAAUAGUCAAACUUUGGGUAAUUAAAAAUUCUGAGAUAGCCUUGACUGGUCAAUGUAAGUGAGAAAUAAGUGAAUAUUUCGCUUUUGAGUUCUGUCGUCUAAGGACGGCUUUAUCUCAUAUGAGAUGAAAUUUAGCGUGUUUCUUAUACUUUGCCUGGCGUGGUUAUCACAGGCGUCACCGAUUUCACGUAAGUACGCUUUUAUUUUCAAUAUUUGUAGUUAAGAUCAGAAAUUGAACUCAAAACAAGCACGUAGUCAUUCAUGGUGGCUGUAGCCUCGUCGAUACCGCCUUAAAUUAUAGUCAAGAUUAUAAGACAACCUGUUUUCGGCCGCUGAUUGUUCAAAGCCACAAAAAUCUGAGGCUCCGAGGAGAACCCUGUACUCGACAUUGGCUCAAAGAAGUCCUUUAUCCAAUUAGUACUGAUCAUUAUAAUCAUUAAAUAUGCACAGCUUGCUAUGAACAGAAAUAGUAGCUGAGAUAACAUGACUUGAAAAUUUUCAAGAGUUUCAUUUUAUCUAAGUAGCAAAAUACAGGCGUGGGGCGCUUUAAUUUAAUCUAGGCGCCCAAAGAAACAUUCCAGCCUCCAAAGGUUAACUCAGUCUCUGGUAUAGCUAUAGCCUGAUAAGCUAAGCAAUUCAAUCUUUUGACCUUAAUAAUCCUAUUCUAGAUUCCAGAAAUGAGUUGCCAUUUAAUGGCUCCCACAUAAAUUUAUUUGGCUUAUACUCGAAUUCAGAUUGCCUAAAUACUUCGCAUUCGUUUUUAUCUCAACCAUAAAAUUUGCAUCGUAGUAUUUAUCCUCAGACCCGUUACGUAUUGUUAAACGUUUAAUGCUGGUUGUGAACAAUACAUAUACAUAUUUUUUACGCGCGCGUGUUUUAAGCUGUGGUCACAGGAUUGUUCUAAGUCACUGAGAAAUUAGAAAAAAGAUAAAAAUGAUGUUUCUCCGAUUAGUUCAUGCCACAUUUUGGCACUUUCCUUCCAAGUAAGUCAUCAUCAGUCAUUAAUGGCGCAUUAGUGACAGAUGACACCUGUCUCACCGUACCAUAAAGAUUCGUCAUCCUGCCUGAAACCGUCAAUUCAAACGUAAAAAUUGCUUCCUAAAACUUCCUAAAGACUUGUAUUACAACAUUUUAGAACUUCUUAUCUAAUGACACACGAUUUAAGAAUGACCUUUUCUUUGCGGAUCUCGCGCACAGACAUUUGCGUAGUAAUCGCAUCUUGGAUUACUCCUCUAAUGAUAUCUGUAUCGCUAGGUUAGUCUUUUUUAUCUGCGGGUAAGCUUGUUAACGUUUCCUUACUUUGCCAACUGAAAAUCAGGAGAACUAAUAAUAAAAGGUGAUUUAGACGCGAUAUUGCUCAGAUCCUUGACUUCUUGACUUUUUUCCUGAUACAAUUGUUUGAAGGGAGAGGUAGCACAAAAGCCGUUUUUAUAGAGCAGGCUCUCCGACCGUCUAGAGCAAUGUAAGCCAGAAGAGCCUGGUCACAUGUCGAUAAGGGAACUGGCCAUAGCAAGUGUCUAUUGUUGUCUUUCUCGACUUCUCAGAAAAAACAGUAAAAAAUUACAACAACGAUGACAAACAUGCAAGCUAAGGACAAACCACCAAAAAAUGUUUUUCUUCUAACCGGAGGAGGUAUACUUUGUUAGCUUUGACAGCUACCUGAAACAUAUUAUUGAUACAGGGCAUUUUUCUAAAAGCAGGUCUCAAUUGUUCAAAAUGUGAAUAGCGCUAUCUACUGGAUAAAUCUCUAUCCAGUUGAUAACGUUGUUGCUUAACUUAAUCCGAUCCUUAUCCACUAGAUAGUGAUUUAUAAAAAACAAAAUGGGACGUUUUAUCAAAAUUUGUGGGUAUAUUCAGCACCUUAUAUCGUUGUUGUCUUCAGGCGAAAGAGAGAAGAGAGAUGCAGACGACCGAGAAGCCGACAAAGAAGGUGAAAAUAGAAAAUGAAAUUUAAUUAGAAGUCAAGUUUUGUCAGUCUGCAGUUAUUUCUAUAUUACUGAAAAGAUGGAGACAGUGACAAUUCUAAUGAACAAUACACCUGCUUACGGAUAAGCUGGACGAACAAGCCAAGAAGACACUACAGAAAUUUUUAAGCUUUAAGGCAUGACUGUAUAGCAUAUAUUGUUGCCAACACUCGCGCAAAACUUAUGGCUAGAAAGAAAAAACUUAUGGCUAGAAAGAAAUACUCUUAACUUAAAAACAAAACAAGCCAAUAACAAACUGUUCAAAAGACUAUUCAAUACUGAGUUACAAAAACUCUCACUUUCAAACGAUGCUAAGUACAAAACCUUUCUUUCCUUUCUUGAAGAUGCGUGUUAUUUGCAUAAGAAUAAAAAUCUUGUUCAUACCAUUACCUCACACUGUCACACUGAGGGCCUGUUUAAAUGGAAGGGGGGGAGAUAGGUGAGGUAACAUGUGGCGGUGGCGAGUCAAGCCCCCCAUCAUGUAUAAGUGUGAUCAAAUUAAAAUGAGAGAAAAUAUGGACAGGCGGGUCACCACGCCUAAGCGGUUACCUCACCUCUGGGGGUGCCUCACCUCCAUUUAAAACAACAAAGACUUGGGACAACACGGAAGUAGGCAUGAUUUCAGUUAGUACAGACAUUUUAGUUUAACUUCUGCAAAUCCGCUACGCGCAUUUCUACCCUUAUGACUAAAAAAUUCGUUAAUCUCUAAGUGUUGGUAUCUCUAUUCACAGUUAGAACAAUAAUUUCUGCCAUAGUUGAUGCAAUUUUGGAUGGAGACAAAACUCGCCGUUCUGAGAUUCCAGGUAUUUAAACACGCUUUGCUCCUCGUAGUUCUUGCCUUAAAAUGCAUUGUUUAAUCUACGUAAAUACUGUUUAGAUGGAGUCUCUAAAACCAUUCGUAGGCAUGACCUUUUUCACUAGCACAUCAUGAUUACAAAGUGCCGACAGCGGAACGCGGAACUAGCGACAUUACAACGUGAAUUUGGCACCUCUUGUUUUGGAGUAAUUUAUGUUUGUAUGGUCCGGAAUAAUUUAUAAACAUCGUUGUGUUUACAACGAAAAGAUAAAAACUGGGCGUGGAAUGCAGUAAGGAACAGUUCAGAAUGAGUUUCUUUGUGAUUUUAAGAAUAGAAACGCACGGAUAAGACAUUUUAGACCCCGUUUACAUGCAGUUUAGUUGUCCCGGGAAAGGGGGUCACCCUCCUAGCCGAGUCCCGUGCAUUUAGCUAACGUUUAUACUCCUUGGUGUAGGGUAUUCCAAGCCAACAUCGUUUGCGCAUGCUCUGAUUGCCUCGAGUUGACCCGGUUGGGCGAGGGCAAAACUAUGGAUAAAAGUUUCCCCGGCCCGGAAGAUGACCAGGCUAGGCGGGCCACCCUUUUAGCCGAGCAAACUUUUUUUUUUCGCGUAAACGGUUCGCAACGUUUUGUAAGGAAAUGUAUGAAAAGUUGGCUCACAAGGGGAAGCUCCAAUAGGUGGAUGACCCUCUACACUGGACAACUUUUCUCCAUAAAAAGCAUAGCAAUUAUUUUAAGGCAAUUAGCGAAAACGUUUUUCAAAUCGUUACUUUAGAUGGGGAGGAAAAUGAACCCAGGAAGCCGUCCAAUACAGUGAGGAGUUUAAUCCCAGACACAAACAAUCUAGAAUCUUCAAAUGGAAUUCACAACCUUGCAAAAAAGAGAAGGAGUUUUAUUCCAGCUGAAGAAUAUGCUGAACCAGAGGCGUCGAAAAGUGAGUCUAGCGUUGCGCCAACGGUAGCUUUAACUUCCGGAGACUCGGACGAUUCGGAGAGUGGACUAACAGGUAUCAGGACUUUGGCAUUGAUUUCUAUGUUUUUUGUGCAUAACUUACAAUAUAACAACGAUAAUUUCGAAAAAAAGCAGUUACUUGUACAACCCCCUCCAUAUAUAAAUUCAAAACGACGAAAAGCCUCCUGCAAUUUCCCCACCAUUAAUUACCGUAAACCAUUCAUUCAUUCAUUCAUUCAUGUUUAUUCGCCAUAUCUCAAAUCAUGAAAAAGUUAAGAAAGUUACGGAAGGAGAUAGCGAAGAAACCUGGAAGAAACCACGGGGAUUAUAAAGAAACACGUUUCCUAAGAACUAAAAACUGCGAGUCUAAUAUGACAACAUGGACCAGCAAAAGUAGUACAAGCUUUGACAAAAAUAAAAGCCAAUUUUGAGAAAAAAAUUUCUCCCGUUCCCGACCGCUCAGAAGGUCUUUGAAAAAUAUAUUGCGCCGAGGCUCAUUCAUUGAAUGGCAAACAAACAUUAAGCUGAUUGAAGAGAGAAUCGACUCACCAAAGUGGUGCCUGAAUGUUUGAAAACACACAUUAGGCUGUUUUUAUCCAGUCUAAAGCACGAAUGGAGAAUAUGCAGCAUAUCUACUUUAACUACCGAUAACAAACUGGCAUUCCUCUAAGGUAUACGAGGAUGCAAAAGUAGAAUAUGAUUCAAAAGAAACACUUAGUCUUUAAUUGGGAAAACGUUCAAUUAAAACGUGUGAUAAUUGUGGGUGUGUUUCGCUUCAGAUACUCCAAAGAUAUUUAAGCCUAAAGAAGACGAAUCAUCAGAAGACACGGAAAACUUUAAAGUAGCAAAAUCAAGCCAGUCCCUUGGGGAUACUACGUCUAGCGGAUCUGGAGACAGUGGCUCGUCUUAUGAUGCAACAAAAGAAACAAGUCAGGAGACAUCGCCUCAAAACGCCAAGAGAAAUGUUAUCCCAACAGAAGUGUUCGAGGAAGGUAGCUAACACAAUUAUUUUUGUCAGAUAUUCAUAACGUUGAUUGUGUGCUUUAUAAUACUGACACUGUUAUGGUCGUACAGAGCUUUAGAUUCGAGGACCAGGACGACAUUUAAUUUUUGUUUUCCGCACCUGUUCUCUAAAACUAGACACCCAGGGAAGCUUCAUUCACAAAAAUUGGCGGGCCUAUUUCCGUUGAAGAAGUUCAAGCCCUCUCUCGAUCGCUAAAUGAUAAAAUUCCUAACAUUUGACAACUUGUUUUCGCCACCACGACAUUCUCGCUGAAACUCGUAGUAGAAUGACGAUGGCUAUCACAUUUUCUGCUUCGCAGACGAGAUCUACUCUGUAUUGGGAAAAUCGUGUUCUCGUGGUCGUUCUUGUCGUAGAAUCUAUAAAAGCUCUCUACUGUGUGACAUGUGACAAUUUCAUCAGUAAGGAAUAAUAUGCAAUUGAAAUACAUUGUAAGUCUCGACGCAACCAAAGCGAGCCAGGAUCAAUACUACAUCACAACCUUAAAAAGGUUAUCAAAAUAGAACAAAGACGUCACAUACGUGACUGUUAUUUAGAAAUAAAUCUUCUCCCUACUUACUUAAAGAAAACUUGGUUUCAACACACUAAGGAAAACUAAUUUCCUGGACAUAAGAUCUGGUCCGGAAAAGCUAGAAAGCUGCACUGUUCAGUGAAUUAGCGCUUUUGUCUCCGGGUUUCUUCGUAUUAGAAACGCACAAAAAAAAAAAGAAUUCUUUAAGUCAGGACAAGCGAAACCCUGGUUCAAUCUAAAAUAACUCUCUCCUUUUUAAGCCUCUUUUCCCGAUUCUUAAACCCAUAAUUCAAUACUGCCAUUUAGAACAUAACAGUGAAGAUGAUGAUGACGACGAGGAAAUGGACGGCUCUGGCUCUACAUCAGAAUCAGGUAACGCGGACGAUUCAGGAGAAUCUGGUGAUUCUAGCCAAGGCGAAUCAGAAGAAAACAAGUCCAAGACCUCCUCCAAGAGUGUAGACGAUUCGUCGGCAUCCGGCGAUCUCGAGGACUCGGGUGAAUCUGGGUUUUUUGAAGACUCUGGCGAUUCUGGUGAAUCUGGAUAUGCUGGAGAGUCUGGAAAGUCCGAAGAAUCAGGUGCUUCUGGCGAGUCAGGAGAAAGCGGAGAGUCUGGCGAGUCAGGCGAAAGUGGAGACUCUGGCGAAUCAGGUGACGCAGAAGAUUCUGGGGAAUCAGGGGACAAUGGGGAUGGUGAGUCAGAUAUGGCCAAGAGAGAUGAAAUACCAAAGGAAGAGAAAGGUAGACUGCGUGCAAAUGACACGACUCCCAAUGCAUAACAUACAAAUAGCAGGUUAAAUUUUUUCCGGUCAAAUUUAUCUUUUAUUAGACUUAGAUACAUAGCCCGGUGAAGUGGAUCUUUGGAUAAUUUUUUGGCUUAUAAAGGAAAAAUGUUUCAAAUUACAACUGGGCAAGUUAGGGUAACUUAACUUAUUGUUUUUCGUUUUUUACAUCAAGUAUUAAGAGAUAUCGACUUUAAAAUAUAGCGUUUCAGGUAAAUUGCCAAAACCCUGUACUCGGGUAGACUGCCUCUUGCCCCGGAGAAAACUCAUGGUUCUUUUUUAUGUAACUACAUAUCAAACAUAUUCGCCUAGCAGUGUUACCGUACCGUAGGCAGAAACGAAGUAUCUCAAGGUAUCUAAUGAUAAAUAUCUCAAAGCCAUCUGAUCUAAAGCCUUUUUUGGUAAUUACGCUUUCAAGCUUUUGUUUGGCUAGUUAAGAAGUACAGCCAGCCACUUGUUAAAAGCAACAACAGCAACAACAAAAACUGACGCAGAUUAAUUAUCUUACAGAUGUAAAUGAGAAGGAGAAGAGCGACGAAACCAGCGCAUCUGGCGAGAGCGGGGAAUCAGAAGAAUCUGGAGAGAGUGGGGCAUCUGGCGCGUCAGCGGAAUCCGGUGAAUCGGGCGACUCAGGAAUAAGCAAACGUGAUGAAGUUCCAAAAGAAAAGGGUCAGUUAGGUUUAAAUCCGUUGACAUUUAAUUCAACCAUUCAUUCGAAGGUUUUAUGAGUAUUUAUUAACGUACAUGAAAGGAGAUACCACGUAACAUGUAUUUCCUGUUAGUUCUGUGUGAAAGUAGUCGUCCAUCAGGCGACCCUCUCAGUGCUGACCAGAACACACUGUUAACAAACCAAGCUCGAUCACCCUAUACUAAAUGACCAAAAUUUUACAGCAGCAGUUGUGAUAUGGUCCAAAAAUGUUGCAUUAGUUAACCCGUAAUUAUAUUGAUUUUCAGAGGAUAAAAGAGAUUAUGGAACCAAUGAGGCUGGCGAGACGGGAGACUCUGUUGAAUCGGCAGAAUACGAAGAUUCUGGCGAGUCAGGAGAUUCUGGCAACUUUGAAUCCUCCGGUGUUUCUGGUGAAUUAGGGGAGUCUGGAGAUUUUGAAGACUCUGGAGAUUCUGGUGAAUCCGACGAGGAAAGCAACAGUUCAGAGUCAAAGCGGAGCGAAAUACCCACAGAAAGCAAAAGCGGUAAGAAUUAAAAGUCUUUCUUAGUGGUAGUUACUUAAUCCGCAGCCAUCAGAAAUUUCAAUCGUUCUUUGAACAUUGAUUUGCAAUACUCUUUGGUAUUCAUUUGUCUUUGUAUAUAUUUAUUUGCCACACGAUUACAAUAAUUACAAAAAAAUGCCAAAAAGAAUUGUACGAAGAAAUGGCGAGGAGGCCUAAAGGAAACUAUAGAGCUUAUGUUAAUUAGCCUCCUCAAUUACAAUUUUUCGAAGAUGGCGUAAAAAUUACGGCGACGGAUACAAAAUAAUAUCAAGUGGAAAAUUAAACUAAUCAAUAUUACGGAAGUUUACAAAUAAUGUUGAAUAUUAAAAGGCUUUGUCGCAAGAUUGUCUGGUAUUCUAUAAUGUUAGUGCCAGCAACUUUUACUUCACUUAAUGAACCCUUUCUUUUUGUAACAGUCAAUGUUGCCAUUUCAUUAAGAAGCGUAACAGCAAAACAAAGAAAUGCAACUUGACCUUAAUUUAUCUUUGCUUCUGAUUUGAAUGAGUCGAAUUUAGUAAAUAAAAGAUUCCAAUUUACAGAAGCGAAAGAAGUUUCAAAGACAUCAGACUUUCCUGAGGGUGAACGGUCAGAGGAAAAUUUGAAAAAGGACCAAUCAGAUCAGACAGCUAAAGCGAGUGACCAAUCCGAAAAAGUUACGGAGAGCGACCAAUCAGGCAGUGCAUCUGGGGACUUAAACGAAAGCAGCGAGAGUGGCGAGAGUGGCGAGAGUGGCGAGAGUGGCGAAAGUGGUGAAUCAGGCGAAAGCGGCGAAAGUGGUGAAUCAGGCGAAAGCGGCGAGAGUGGGGAGUCAUUGGAAAGUGGAGAGAGUGGUGAAUCAGGGGAAAGCGGAGUGAGUGGCGAAUCUGGGCAGGCCGAAGAUAGCCAGAUUACAAAAAGAGAUGAAAUCGCAAGAGAGGAUAAGAGAAAUGCUAAAGGUAAGAUCGAACACACAAUUAAUUUAGAUAACGCGAAAACUGCACGCCCACGUCAUAUACAUAAUGUUUUUUACUUUUAUUAAUCCUUAAUAUUUGUCUCUUUUUCCUAGUCUCCGUAGAGGUGGAAGCCAGUGCAUCAGGACAGAGUUCAGAGGAAUCAGGUGAAUCCGGAGAAUCUGGAGAAUCCGGGGAUUUUGGGGAAUCUGGUGACUCCGGAGAAUCUAGCGAAUCUGGAGAGUCCGGUGAAUCCGGGGAAUCUGGCGAAUCCGGGGAAUCCGGAGAGUCUGGUGAAGGACAGAUAUCAAAGAGAAGCGAAAUACCAGACGAUAGCAAAACAGACGGUAAAACAGCACAUAAUAGCAGAACCUUUACUUAGAAAGAAGCAGAUUGACAUUAAGCCACUUUGAAUUUGGCUAACCAUAACAUCUAGACGUUGUUUGCCGUUGAAAUUGUCAUGAGACUUACAGGCCAGACUACCAUACAAUUUAUCAACUUAAUAUAAACACCUUGAAAAAUUAUCUAAAUACAAACGCCUUUUAAUUGUCUUAAACCACGCACUUAACUAGGCUUCGUUCAAUUACCCAUCCCUGAAAAUUUAACAUGCAUUAUGAAUCAUACAGUGAGACGCCGCCAACAAAUGAUCACACAAUUGAAAUUUUGUUCUCUUUUAGCUAGGUAAUUAAGGGGGAGAAAUCUUAUGACCAUAACUAUACAAAACUAUCUCCUCUAAGAUUCUGACAUCCCCUAGUAACUUUGUUCGUACCUGAAAAGCUCUUAUUCAGUUGGAAUCAAAGCAGUUGAAGUUUCGAAGUGAAAACAACGUUUUCGACGCAAGUAAAAGUUUCCUUAUGUGUGUGUGCCAGGGCCAUGUUUUGAUUGUGGUUUUGUUUUAUAACCUGUAUUGUGGUUUUCCUUUACUUAAGAAAAAGCUUCUCAAGAUGAUUCAGGGAGUUCUAACUCUGAUGAAAGUGAAGAAUCUGGCGAAAGCGGAGAGUCAAGCGAAAAUGGCGAGUCUGGAGAAAGUGGAGAAUCAGGUGAUUCUGAAGAUGGAGUGAUUACCAAAAGGAACGAGAUACCUCAAGAGCACAACGGUUCGUACUGUAAAACUGGUAUACUAAACAACUAAAUGUUGCUUGGGUAAUUUUCUUAUUUCAAAAUCUAAUGCUAAGCAAAAAGAUAGUUGAUAAUUUUAUAAGCAGCAUUUUAUAGACUGAAUCUACGGCCAAUCUCAAUGAAAAAGACUAGCUCUUGGAGUUUUUACUUGCAUGAUUCUUAACGAAAUGUAACAACAUGGCCUAAAAUUCAAAUGUGCAGUGAUUUUUAAAUACGGCUUCUAGAUAAAUGCCUUUAAAAAUGGCUUAGAGCAAACUUCGUGAUAUCGGCUGUCUGCAAAGGUAACAAAUAAUCCCGUUAGAAGUAAAGCUAAUUAAAGUAGGGCGCUCUAAAAAUUUAAAAAACGCGGCAUUGCGACUUACUAGUCAAUAAAGUAGCCAUUUUGAAUAUUUAGACGGGCCUAAUGUAGCCGGUUUUACCAAUUUUGUUUUCUGCUGUUGACGUAAGAUGAAUUUAAGACCAGACAAAUAAUCAAAUGUAAGUUAACUAUGUCAACUGUUUUCUUAAAACAAAAAUAAGACUCAGAAGAAUCCACUGAAAGCGCAGAAAGCGGCCAGGCAGUUGAAAGUGGCGACAGCGGAGAAAGCGAAGAGUCUGGAUAUGCACAGUCAUCUGGCGAAUCAGCAGACGAAGAAUUUACCAAACGUAGUGACAUACCACAGGAACAACAAGGUAUAAUGACAUAACGAAUGAGAUGCGUUACUGUAUUGAGCUGACCAACAGAAACAUUUGAGCGACUAUCUAUCUCAUUUUUGAAAGAAUACCAUGAUAACAACUAAUUAAAGAACCACAGUCAUAAGCAUGGAUUGCAACUACAGUAAUCACUGAAUCAUUACCCUUUGGAAGCGGUUAUUUUUUGUAAAGGAUAAUAAUAAAUACACCUGUAGUGUAUUAGGCAGGUAAGGUCUAAAAGAAAACAAAUCACUCCUCUGAAAGAUGUGUCAUCUUGUACCAAACUUUGUUUGCUUGUUAAUGUUAUAGAAUCAAAGGAUUCCUCAGGGUCAGGAGAACGUGCAGAGUCUGGCAACAGCGGAGAGUCAGGCGAAAGCGGCGAGUCGGGCGAGAGUAGCGAGUCUGGCGAGAGCGGAGAGUCAGGUGAAAGCGGUGAGUCGGGCGAACGCGGCGAGUCUGGCGAAAGCGGAGAAUCUGGCGAGAGCGGCGAGUCGGGAGAAAGCGGAGAAUCUGGCGAGAGCGGCGAGUCGGGAGAAAGUGGAGAAUCUGGUGAGAGCGGAGAAUCUGGCGAGAGCGGAGAGUCUGGCGAGAGCGGCGAGUCUGGAGAAAGUGGUGAAUCUGGCGAGAGCGGCGAGUCUGUCGAAAGUGGUGAAUCUGGUGAGUCAGAAGAUGGUGAGUACAAACGAAGUUUCAUUCCAAGAGAUGAAGAUGAUGAAAAUGAAAGCGAAGACUCCACUCAGGACGAAGAGGAUAAAGAUAGUUUACAAGAAGGGAGCGCGGAAAACAAACUUAGUAGAAGAGGCAAGGUUAUCACUGACACUAUGGAUGACAUAGCACAAGCGGCUUUGGGUAAACAAAUCGAAAGAAAAUCGGACAUCAUCCACAGCUUGCCGGAAACGACCGAUGAUGCCUCGAGCGGUGAACAGGAAACAAAGGUUGAGUCUGAGGAUGUGGCUGGGAAACAAAAAAGCGGUGCAGCUCUUAAGAAUUUAUUCAGCGCCCUGGCUGAUGGACAAGGACGUGUGGCUGCCUCUGCGAAAGAGGGUAACCUGAAGGAAAAGUCUCAGAGUUUAAAGACUGACAACCAAGUGAGUAAAAUGUCACUGCCCUACACCGUAUUAGUAUUUCAUUGAGCAUUUUACCGAUUUAUAAUAAAAGAGCAAAAUAUAAAUUAAGAAACCAAAUCAGAAGGAAAAAAAAUUACCAACAUGGGUGAUAUUCCUGAGUUCACGUAUCACGCCUCUAUGAGGGUACCAAAAAAAACAUUGUAGUUCUCACUUCUUAAUAACUGUUCGUGAUCAAUUUCAAUCCUCCAUUUGAUAAUAAAGGGUCUCUGGGUCAUGAUAAGAAUAAAUAAUCCUGGCCGAACGCGCACAUUUUGUAACAUCACGUGUUUCAACAGCAUUUUCCUUAUAAAUCUCAUUUUCUACCGGACAGAGAUGCAUUGCUUAAGUAAUCUCACUUGUUCAAGUAUUUAAAUGGUCAAGGUAGGUCGUUCUUACUUUAAUGUGCAAAGGUGUCUGAUUUGCAAGUUCUUUUCUUGUCAUAAUUAGGAGCUCGUCGGUAGAGAUGAAAUCAAGAGCACCUUGGACCAGAUAUGGACUCAAGGUACAGAUAUAAUGGAAAAAAAUCCCGGGGGGGUACUUUAGGAAUUUGUGGGUGGGAUGUGCCGCUGGGUCCUGGAACCCUUAACCUAUACCAGAGCGAGUUCAGCUGAAUUUUGCUACCCUAUACUAGAGUAAACUCCCCAAAUCCCCCCUAUCCUAGAAAGUAGCUGUUUCCCUAGUCUAGAUAAAAUCUUCAACCAACAGAGCGGUUUCCUUUCCCUAUGCUAGACCCAAACGCUCUGAUUCAUAUACCCUAUCCUAGAGAAACUGAUUGAAAACCAUACCCUUCACAGCGGCACAUACCUAUAUAGCCCAUACAUGGCAGUACUCCCCCCCCCCCCAAGACAAAAAUAUAUGCCCAAAGGAGGAACGAAAGGCCAAUCAGCUCUCAACUGAUGAAACGAUCAAAUUCCGAACGAGUCCACAAAAAAGUCGUACUUUUAUCCCUUGAAUUUCAACAAAGACUAGACCACUAAGUUCAAACAUCAAACAUUUCGUUCUUGGAACCAAGUGCGAGAAAAUGCGCCCGCAAUAAAAUCAAGGGGCAGAUUAGCCGAAAUCACUCAGGCAACAUGUUCAACUUUAAAUUUCUAACUUAGUCGAUUCUUAAUAACCAAAGCCAUAAAGAGAAUCGAACUCCAUUUUAGACAAAAGAGGGUGGCACAGUGAUGAGAGCAUUCGCCUCCCACCAAUGUAGCCCGGGUUCGAAUCCUGGCGUCGUUGCCAUAUGUGGUUGUUGUUGGUUCUCUCCCUUGCUCCUAGAGGUUUUUCGUCGAGUACUUCGUUAUCGCCUCUCCUAAAAAACCAACACUUCUAAAUUCCAAUUCGAUCUGAAACGUAAGGACACGUCUCAACGAGUUCUUACGAACUCUUAAGUACUCUGUAAGCAAAUUACAAUACAAAAUAAGGUAUUUUACAGUUUCACUCUGAGUAGUGUUCGGAUCCCUAAUUAACUGACCACCUCUGAAACCUUAAAGCGGACGGAAAAUGAUAUUAACGUGAAGAGACCCUUGACUUUUCCUUUUUUGUAUUCCAAUUUAAGACGAUAGCGCCGUCGCAGAUGUAGAUUCAGCAAAUCUUAACCAAAAAGAAAAAGAGGAACUUGGUGAGGUAAGGAAACGAACUAAGUGCCUGUUUACAUGGACGUGGGGGACCCCAGGUAGGUGAGGUAACCAGCUCAGGAGGAGGAACCCGCCUGUCCAUAUAAUCUCUAAUUUUAAUUUGAUUACGGUUACAUGAUAGUAGGGUUAUCCCACCUAAACCGGUUACCUCACCUUCCUGGGUUCCCCCGCCUCAGUGUCAACAGCCCCUAAAAUGAACAGAGAGAAAGAAAUUAACUGCAUUUCGCCACUUACACCGCCGCACGGUUAGCUCAAUUGUAUUAGCGCCAGUUUGCUGAACGGGAGGUGGCGGAUUCAAACCCCGGCGGACCAACCAUUGGGUUCUUAAAAUAACUGAGGAGAAUGUGAAUGAAUGACUUGUCUAUCAGAUUGACACCUUUUGCAGCUUAUAGCUGAAUUGCAGGUAUAGGCUGGUUACGUAAACAAUACAUAAUUAGGAUACUAAACGGUUGCAGUUUUUACGGUUACAAAAUUCACGAAACGAUCGGUAUUAGAUGGUAGGGUGGUAAAUGAUCGAUGAGCGGAACAAUUCUGCUUUGAAUUAAAGGGAAGAUUGUUUUACAAAAUUGACACAAUCAUCUUGGCAACGUUUCUCUGAGCUCACGAUCCCUGCCUUAGCCAGUGCGUCUUCGUAUAAAGUAAAGGGAAAGAUAAUGAAGACGGCGCUUCUGGAUUUUCUUGAAGUCAUUGGCUUUAUAAUUGGUGAGAUUAGCAAACGCAGCUGCUGCAUAUACGAGUACAGAUCUGACAAGCGAACAGUAGACCUGCUGCCUUUGUUGUGACAUCUACAAAUGGUUAGACAUUCUAGUCUUCUUGGAUAAGGACGAAAACUCGUAGGCUCCCUGUCAUAGCUCUUUCACUGUCCUGGUUUUUGUGGGAAGUAAAAGAAUCCACGUUGCUGUUUGUAAAGAGUAGGGGUCGUAGACACCGUUAGGGUAGUGCAACCUUUCAUGGGCUGGGUGGGUAAUGAAGGCGUUGAUAUCGUACGUUAGUCACGUUUUAUCCCCUGUCACCAUUUUGAGUCACCGUGGCGAAUUUGAAUAAAAUGAAAAAUUAAAUUCCCUGCGCCUGUGGACCUUACGAUAAACUCUAUUAGCUGCUAGCCAGCUGCACUGAUGGUGACGUCAUGGCAGCGUUUUGAACAGCUGUGUGUUGUCUGAAUACAAUUUGUAAUUAACGUUAAGCACUUUUUUUCUGUAAUUGAUAAAUAUGACUCCAAUUGAAGUGGUCUGGUAGUGUUGAAGGUUACCACCUGAUACUACUGUUGCGAACAUAGGCGUACGGGCAAUUUUUUGCCAGGGGCGGCGGUAAUCCAUUUGCCCAAAAAAUUCUUGCAAGUAGUAGGAAACUAGGGUCAUGCAACAAAAUAGGCCGUACUGGGAUAUGAAAGUGGCUCGAUAUAGUUUUUCAGAGUCAAUACCUGCCAAGUUUGAGCAUAAACUACAUCGCCACAAACAAACAUUUGGAAAAAAUUACCACCACAGUUGUAUUAGAUAAAGAGGGAAAUUUGUCAUGAUCAGGAUUGCAAUGACAUCGGAGCUGUCAUAGCAACGAAAUGACGCCAUUACCUAUUAUAUCCAUUUUGCAGGAAUAUUUCUCACUUUUCAUGGGAACUGUUUUUUUUACAAAAUCGUUCAGGGUCGCCAGUUUUUUAUCCUCCCCUGCUGGGAAUAGUCGCCUCGAUAUUCGUGAAGUUAAAACGGAACUGUAAGAGCGUUAUCGAGAUAUUUUGGGAUGAAGUUAGAAAUAAGGUAAAAAACGAAAAUCUUGAAGUUUAGUCGUAAUCUCAAGAAAACGGAGCGCUUUUGACAUGCAAUUUCAUCUCAUAGUAGUUUCAAUCUUUUUAAAAACGUGGAUGAAAGAUCAUGGAGAUAGCUCCUGCCAAUUGCUAUAAGGCAGGAUUUGAUUAGCGCUCGAUCUUGUUAGGGGUUUUGUAAACAUUUCGGUCUACUUAAACAAAUUAGUGAAUAAUUUUUAAACCGCUCAAUAGAUUUUUUUAAAAAAAUUAUGAUUUUAUCGUAAUUCAAACUUCACUUCAUCACGUGCUAGGCAACCACUGUCUCGUGUGAACGUAACUGAAUUAUUACGCCGACUUCUGGUUAAAAUAGAAAAUAUUUAUCUCUUCAAAAUAAUAAUAAUAAUAAAAAACAUGGAAACGUCUUUAACAACUGGCUUUGCCCAAAUUUUCUCUUGCUGCCCAAAAAAUCUGAGUUGCCCAAACGUUGGGGGGGCUGCAGCCCCCCUCGCCCCCCCGGCCCGUACGCCUAUAGUUGCGAAGUUUCUUGCACGUAAGACGGUUCGAAGGGCGAGAUAAUUAUAAAAACUUGAACGAGUUGGUCCGACGUUUUCAUGGCUUUUAGGAAAAGAGCACAAAGCUGUUCUUGGUAUGAAAUCACGUGACAAUGUUGGUGGUCAAUACUAUAAUUCUUUUUAAUCAUUUUCAUGAAAAUGUGGUUUAGCUCCCAGAGGGGACGAAUGCUUUUGUUCUUCCGCCCUGACGUCACCUGUUUUUCCCACAUUGAAGAAUGAAAUCGAGGUCUUUCUUUUGUACCAUCAUAAUUUCAGCGUAGUUUAAAAGCAAAAUUGGGAAAGUUUUUAUGAUGCUGUCUCGUUAAGUGUAAUGAUCUGUUUUUGUCUUCACACGCAAAGCUUGCCGAUUCUCUAAAGCAGUCCCUACCCGCAGAGAACGCUAAGCAAGGUGGCCAUGAGGUCGACAAAGGUAACAAUGUGUGAUUGCUCCUCAGAGCUACAACACAAUUUCAAUUUAUACUUGUCAUGUAUGGUUAAAUCCUUAACUAAACAUCGAAUAUUGAGUAUCAAAUAUUGAAUAUCGCUAUGGUGCUGGCGAACUAAUUACUCUCACCGCAAAUGUUAACAGCCUACAAGGGGUAGAUUCAUUUGCAUCAUAGCCAUAUAUCCUUCGCAAUUGCCAUUUGAUAUUUUUUAUCGUUUUUAAGCUUAAAAUACGUAAGCAUUUUAUCAGGCAAAUACGACAACGUCCGAGAGUUUUCAGCCGCAUGACCAGCCUCUAUGCAAAUUUCUUGGAACAAAAGAAAGCGUUUCGAUAAGAAAAGAGUUCAACUCCCACACAGUUGGCUUGUAACAGCAAACAUGAGUGCUUUUUUACAAUUUUGGAAAAGUAUGGCUACCAUGGUGUCAUGUGGAAUACCCACAGCACGCAUAUGCCGCAAUUGAGUCUGAUUUUACAAAAACAAGCACAACAAAAGUACCAAAUGAAUAUUCAACCUCGUACGGCCCAUCAACAAUAGUGUCAUUGUGGAACCGAGUUAACAGUCAUGUAAUUGGAAAUAGUGUCAUAGGCACUAUAACAUUAGCAUUCAUUGGUUGGUAAGGUUUCAGUAGCUUACUGGUAAAGAUAAUCAGCUAACGAUAACGAUAAUGACAAAUUAUAAUAAAGAUGUUUUUCUUAACAGAUGUCGAAGCACUUGAGGGGUACGCCGACGCCCUGACCGAAGUGGGAGGGUUAACUCCGGAGCAUCAUGAAGCCAUCGCAGCUAAGCUGGCACUGGACCUCAUGGAGGACCUCAAAAUAAGUGACAAGCACAAAUCUGAGCUGCUUGAAAAAGAAACUGCUUUCAUCAAGGACGCGGAGAUUGCUUACGUUAGAAGUAAGUGUGAUUGAUUUCGGCCCUCGUUCGUAUCACCUUUCCCCUAUCAUCCAACAUGCAUUAACGCCUGAAUGAAUAACCUGAAUGUAAAGCACUUUCGUUUACUGUACGAUUAUUUUCGAUUGGUUUGGCAACGCCAUAGAUUUUGACAUAGCUAUAGCAAAAUGCAUUGCCUGUAUUAAAUGCCUUGAAAGAUGGGUAAAACCUUUGAUUUGGAACCACUUGGUGUUUCGAAAGCCUCUAACUUUAUUACCAAGAUUAAUUAGACUACUCCUUAUAGACAAUGUUAACCUACAGAGUUAAAAAACGAGAAAUAAACCUAAAAUGCAUUUGAUGGGUAACGAGUAAAAUGUCCCGUCAGGGGCACGUAACGAAAACAUAGUUCAAAACCACUCAAACAUAGCAUUGUUAAACGUACUUUAGUAUUUAAACGGUAGAUAUGGGCAUAUUUUUAUCCCCUAAAAAUGUUACAACAAAUGUUCCGAAAAUUCUAGAUCUCAAAUCGUUUGCGAACAGAUAUGUUGCGAAAAUUGACCGCAUUGGGUGCCCCUGUCCCGUGGUAGGAGUUUUGUUGUUCUCUGCCAAAGUCAACAUUAAGAGAUAAGUGAAAAGCAGGCAACGUAUGCUUCUGGAUGUAUUAAACACGUUUUUCGUCUUCUGCUACGCAGAGAGAAUUAACGAGGUCAAACAGGAAAUGAUUAGAUUCGCCCAAGACCAUCCUGGCGACAAAGAGAGAAUUCGUGCUGAAGCAAUCAAAAGGCUGGAGGAUAUAGUGGACAAACUUCCCCUGAGGAAGUCGGUGAUCGAAGAACAAGAACUAAAAUUAAAGAAAUCCCCCAUGCUACGAGAGAUUGUAGCAUCCACGGACAAGCGAGAGCUUAGAGAAAGAAUUCGAAGAGCUCUUGCAGAUUUUAUAGCCGAAGAAGUUGCAUGA